GAACAAGGAAACGUAUUACUUUCAUCUUGGGGAGAAAAUCUGGCUCUGUAGACUUAUGGGAUCGGGGAUAUGGCGAAGGUAACACCCCUUUCCACCGAAUAAUUUGAAUUUUGAGGAGGAGAAAAGUGUAAAACUGUCACAAUGAUUGGUGGCCUUUUUAUCUACAAUCAUAAGGGAGAGGUCCUGAUCUCCAGGGUCUUCCGUGAUGACAUUGGACGUAAUGCAGUGGACGCCUUCCGUGUGAACGUGAUCCAUGCCCGGCAGCAGGUGCGGUCGCCUGUCACCAACAUUGCCAGAACCAGCUUCUUCCACAUCAAACGCUCCAACAUCUGGGUGGCUGCCGUCACCAAGCAGAAUGUCAACGCCGCUAUGGUCUUUGAGUUCCUGCACAAAAUGUGCGAGGUCAUGGCUGCCUACUUUGGCAAGAUCUCCGAGGAGAACAUCAAGAACAAUUUUGUCCUCAUCUAUGAAAUCUUGGAUGAGAUUCUGGACUUUGGAUACCCUCAGAACACAGACACUGGCAUUCUGAAGACUUUCAUCACCCAACAAGGUGUCAAGUCCCAGACCAAAGAAGAAACAGCACAAAUCACCUCUCAGGUGACUGGUCAGAUCGGCUGGAGGCGAGAGGGCAUCAAGUACAGGAGGAAUGAGCUGUUCCUGGAUGUCCUGGAGUCUGUGAACCUGCUCAUGUCCCCUCAAGGCCAAGUCCUAAGUGCCCACGUGGCUGGACGUAUUGUGAUGAAGAGCUACCUGAGUGGCAUGCCGGAGUGCAAGUUUGGCAUCAACGACAAGGUGCUGGUGGAGAGCAAGGGCAAGAGUAGCCUGGACGACAGCUCACGGGGAGGCACUGCAGGUAAGACAGCCAUCGCCAUCGACGACUGCCAGUUCCACCAGUGUGUCAAGCUAAGCAAGUUUGAGACGGAGCACAGCAUCAGCUUCAUCCCUCCAGAUGGCGAGUUUGAGCUCAUGAGGUACCGCACUACUAAAGACAUCAGCUUGCCAUUCCGUGUGAUCCCGCUUGUGAGAGAGGUCGGACGACAGAAGAUGGAGGUCAAGGUUGUUGUGAAGUCCAAUUUCAAACCGUCACUGCUGGCUCAAAAAGUUGAGGUUCGAAUCCCCACUCCCCUCAAUACGAGCGGUGUACAAGUCAUAUGCAUGAAGGGCAAGGCCAAGUACAAGGCCAGUGAGAACGCAAUUGUGUGGAAGAUCAAGCGUAUGGGGGGCAUGAAGGAGUGCCAGCUGAGUGCGGAGAUUGAGUUGCUCAACACCAGUGAUAAGAGCAAGAAGUGGACCCGACCACCCAUCUCCAUGAACUUUGAGGUGCCAUUUGCUCCCAGUGGGUUCAAAGUUCGCUACCUGAAAGUGUUUGAGUCCAAGAUGAACUACAGCGACCAUGAUGUGAUCAAGUGGGUGCGCUACAUCGGACGCAGCGGCCUGUAUGAGACGCGGUGCUAGACCCAACGUCGCACCUCGCUCCAUGAUGGACUGCGAGCUGCAGCGGGAAGAACAUACACACAGGCGAGGGACAGGGUGACGUACACACAGCUCUGACGUACAGACACUGCUGGUCUACUACACCCUGGACUGACCGGUCCUUUCUGUGGCUGUGCUCGAAAUGAAUGUGACUUGGGAUUCGAUGAAGUACUCAGUAUGAUUCUGGAAGCGCGAAAGAGAUGGAUGUACGCAUGUGUUGUCGUCUUUUUCUGUUAAGAGAUAUUGGGCUGACUUUCUCCCAUUUGCCACUUUGGGACUCUUGAGACUUUUAAACUUAGAUUUAGAGACAGGGUUGUCCCAUAGAGACAUUGCUCGCUGGUUGAUGGUUAUGCCAUUUUUGUCUACUGCCAGGGUAGCGCUUAUAUUUUGUGUGGUUCUGGCAAGAUGGGAAAAGUAAUAUUUCUUAUUAUGAGUUUACAUUUAUUUGAGAUGUAGGGGUCACUGGGUCAGAAAUGAGUCGUCGUGGAUGGUGGUGAUUUUAGGUACAACUAUGUAAUACUUACUGCAGUAGAGCUGGAUUGUGUAGUGUUUGUGUGUGUUGAGAAAGUGUUUGUUUUUUUUGUUUGACUUUGACAAAGGGAUGUAUCCAUUUUGAAAACAAUUAUUCAUGGGUCAUAGAGUUCGAUCCUGUGUUUGAUGUCAGUACUGCUCAUUCUGCUUAAAUAAGACGAAGUCCACUACAAAAUGAAUUCAUUAGCCCCUUAGAUCCCAAUAUGCUAGCUGUCAGUACCAUUUCUUUUACAAUUACGCAUUUAUGUGUAUUUGAAUGAUGGAGAGAGAGAAGACGAGGAAAAAGAGAGAGAGAGAGAGAGAAAUGUAAUGUGUUUUUUGUGACUGUGGUUCUGUUGGAGACGGAAUGUGUCCCCAGCCCCCCAGUCUGUAAGAUUCGUGUGUUGUGAGUGUUGUCACGGAUUAUGUUCCUUCUCAUUCAAAUCCGAUGAUGUGUUUAUCAUACUUGUGUCAGCCAUGUAAUAAUUUCAUAUUCAAAGCUGUGAUUUGUGUUAGCAUAGCUCUUUUGCUUCACUUUUCAUUGCCCGCUUUCUCUUUCCACACCUUUUCUUGUCUCCCCCAUUCUUCGCUCCCCUUUCACCCUCUUACACAAACUGCUCCUAGUCCCAUACCUAGUUAUGCCCUCUCUGUGCCCUGUGUGUAGUCUAUAAUUCUAUACCCCUGUGUUCUGAUCAUGUUCAAUGUGUCUACUGCAAUAUGGUUGUUUCUUUAUUUAGAUAUAAAAUACAUUUGUUUUUGUAGUGGUUCUUCAGUGGAUGGCAUUGACCUUGAGAAAGUGUCUGUAGGGUAGAAAUUUAUAGAACUUAUUGUGUAGAUGUUCAACACCCUAUGAGAACGAGUGUGUGAAACAAUAAGUGAUGGUUCCGACUUUUCUUUGAAGUAUUCUGUGUUAUGAAGCUCUCAUCAUCAUCAUUUGUUGGUGCCGUGAUCUCCAUGCCAGUCACACAAUGGAGUCUGCUUGUGAUAAACAUGCAAGACAUGAAAUCUGUCUUUAAUACAGCCACCGGUGUCAAAUUGCAUUUGCUCCAUACUUGGCGAAAUGCUUAAAAUGGAUCUUAAAUGUCUGCCAUGUGCAGGUUUAUUGUAAGAGGAUUCCUUUGCAGUGGCAUGUGUACCAUUUUGAACAAUAUUUAAUUAUGUUCUUAACCGAAUUAUGUCAAUUUAAUCAAGCCUUGUAUGCCCAUGCUAUCUUAUUCUGCACUGUUUGUGUUUGUCAUGUAUGUUUAUCUUCAGUUCUACGACAGCUACUUUAAUCAUCCACAUUGGCACAAGAGUAUGCGAACACACAGUGGUUUGCAUCCUUUUUUUUACCAUGAAUGAGCAGAGAGAGUUACAAUGAUCAUGAUGCUCGCAUUGUUGUUAUUCACUUGUUUUAGCCUCUCCUCCACGGAGCCAUGCAUUCCACUUGGGAGAAGUACCUGACCAGUGUGUAGCCACUGUGUUUCUUUUUUUCUGUGUAGGUCUCUUAGUCAAAAUGUGUGGUUGGUCGUGCUGUCCACAGCCCACACGUCAUCAGGCUCUCCGCUUAAGGCUGCGCAGACUUCAACAACUUAUGUUUUGACUCUUUUCUUUUUUUUUUCUUUUUUUUUUAAAAUCAUCUUGCUCGUCUGUGACAUUUUAGCUGCUGCUGUUGCUUUUGCUCUCUUUUCUCCAACUUGUGAAAGUUGCAACUUUAGGUGACACUCAGACGUGUGCGUUUUUAAUGAUGGCCUCAUUGUGGCCUAUGUUUAGAUGGAAAUGAAUGUGAAAAAUUCUGAUCGUGCUUUUCAUGAGCUCCUUUGGGUGACUCGAUUGCAGCUCAUACAUAAUCUUCGACUUGUAGGUUUUCAAUCAACAUCGGUCAAGUGACAGUGUCUAGAUUCUUUUGUUUGCAUAGCCUCAGAAGCAUUCUUUGAGUGUCACAUAUGUUGCAUUGAAUUGAGGCGAAUCAAGAUUUGCUUUAAAAACAUUUGGUGAUCAGCCUGUUAGAGGAUUGUUUGUCCUCAGUCUCUCGCAGAAGUAGACUUGUUUAGGUUACUACCCAGCACUGCACAGCUGGUUUCCUCUCGGGGUAUGUCCAGUGUUGUUUCAAAAAACACUUGGAAAGUGUUGGCAAAACUCCAGCAUUGUUUAGACAAUGUACUGGGACAGGGGGAGAAGAGACUGGCUUUCUCUAAAAGUAAAAGUCUCUCUGUCUCUCUCUCUCUCUCUCUCUCUCUCCCUCUUGUUCUGUUUGUGUUUGUGUGUCUGACGUAUCUGAUCAGGGAUUCUAUGUGUCACAGUCGUUGCAUGACUCAUUACCACUAGAGCUUAAUGUAACUGUGUAGUCAAUAAACUUCCGUACCAAAGGGAAUUUCUCUCCU